UUCCCAGUUUUUUGCUCUCUCUCUCUCUUAAUUACGUAGGACUUUGUCAAAUGUCUACAAAAAGUUUCCCCUAUAAAUCCCCCCUAAUGCCAUUCAUCAGCUUUCAUCAUAGCAGGUCUUGACCAUUUCUCUGUGAGUGUUUUAUACAGAGAGGGGUCUUGAUCUUGAAAGUAUUGGGACAGAAAGAGAGAGACAGUAACAAUAAUGUCUCAGUUUACGAACCCUUUCUUAGUUCUUUCUCUUUUUGCCUUUGCUCCCCUUUGUUGCUUCUCUGGCAAGACCUAUGGGGGUUACCUCUACCCACAGUUUUAUGAUCACUCGUGCCCAAAAGCUCAACAGAUUGUGAAGUCCAUAGUGGCCAAGGCUGUGGCCAAAGAAGCACGCAUGGCGGCUUCAUUGCUUAGGCUCCAUUUCCACGACUGUUUUGUCCAGGGCUGUGACGCAUCCCUACUGUUGGACAGCCGCGGAAGCAUAAUCAGUGAGAAGAGGUCGAACCCAAACAGGAACUCUGCUCGAGGGUUUGAAGUUCUGGACGAGAUAAAAUCUGCUUUGGAGAAAGAGUGCCCACAUACAGUAUCUUGUGCUGAUAUUGUGGCUCUAGCUGCUAGAGACUCCACUGUUCUAAGUGGUGGACCCAGCUGGGAGGUUCCAUUAGGAAGAAGGGACUCCAGAGGUGCAAGCUUGAGUGGCUCAAACAACAACAUCCCUGCUCCAAACAACACAUUCCAGACUAUCCUCACCAAGUUCAAGCGACAAGGACUUAAUGUCGUUGAUCUUGUUGUGCUAUCUGGGAGCCACACGAUAGGAAAUGCCCGGUGCACCAGCUUCAGGCAGAGACUCUACAACCAGUCAGGCAAUGGGCUACCCGACAGCACACUUGAUCAAUCAUAUGCUGCCCAGUUGAAAACCAGAUGCCAGAGAUCAGGUGGUGAUCAAAACCUGUUUUUCUUGGACUUUGUCAGCCCAACAAAAUUUGACAACAGCUAUUUCAAGAACUUGUUGUUUUCUAAAGGCCUUUUAAGCUCUGAUCAAGUUCUUCUCACAAAAAACAAAGCAUCCAUGGAAUUGGUGAAGAAAUAUUCAGAAAACAAUGAGCUGUUCUUCAAGCAGUUUGCCCAGUCCAUGAUUAAGAUGGGAAAUGUUUCUCCAUUGACAGGCUCAAGGGGAGAGAUUAGAAAGAAUUGCAGGAAGAUUAACUCCUGAUUAGCUCCAUUAUAACAUUGCAGUUCCAUUGAGUGUCGUGUGCUUUUCCUGCAAUGUAUUCCUGAUUAGUUA